UGAACUGCUAGCUCGCGGUAAGAAGGGAAGAAGAAGAUGAGGAAGAAGCGUCGCUAGUCUGUUCGCCCGUUCCUCGAACCGUCCCCGAUACAUCGACGUUUUUACCGGCCGGUUUCUCGCUACGUAACGCCGCCAUUACGAUUCAAAAAUCAUUCUCCGGCCAAUCAUCGAGAGACAAUAGCUCGUUUCAAAUAUUUCGGCUUUCUAUCGUUGAUCGAACGCGUGGUCAAAGUGUCAGGUAAAAGGAUACGAGCAGUUUGUUCGCUUGCGUCUGGAACUAGCAGCGACGAAGAAAGAGGAAGAAUAGAAAGAAGAGUGUCGUCGUAUAGUUGACAGAUCACAGAAGCGAUCGAGGGUCAGAUUGGAUUAUGAAUUUGACAAGCGCGUUCGAGUAAAAGAGUCGAGUAGAAGGACGUAGAAGCUUCGUUUCUAUUUGAGAUCGGUCGUAUCGGUUAGUAUCGACGAAAGAAUAUAACUGUCAAGACUCGCUUGAAAGAUCGAUAUUCAGGAUCGAUUGAACGAGCGUGGUCAGAGUGUCGAGGUUCGCAAUUUGUCGGGAUUAAUAGGAAGCAAAAAAAAAAGAGGAAGAGUAGAAAGAAAAGGUACGGUGUGUCGCGCAGAGUUGUACACAAUGUGGUGACAGUGACAAGUAGUGGUGCGUGAAUUUGUGCAGCGUAUAGAGGCUCGCGAAUACCCACGAUGAAACUCGGUCGUUCGGUGACGGUACCUUGGUCGAUCGGGAAGCCCCCACAGUUAUCCGCCUUCUCAGUCCUCAGUGCUGCACCUUCGCUCGGACACUACGGUAUAUUAUCCGAUCGAGCGAAUUCGUAGCUUGAUCGAGUAACUACCGCGAAAAGGUAGGUGCACGGUGCACGUGUGUCCAUGAGAUCGUUGCUAAUAGCGCGGCAGUGUAACGAGUUCGAUUGAAAACGACGCGUUGUGUUUCGAUCGUGCAAGGUAAUUUAACGGCGUUGUUAUUCGUGGCUCUUAUCGCGAUUCUCUCUCAACGUCUUCUUCGAGUCUUUGGUGUUGAAAUCGUUCGAUGCAUACAUUUGCCAUCUCGAAGCGGUACGUGGCACGAACAAAACGUAGAAACGACGAUAAACUCGAACGUUGAGAAUUCAAAGCACGUCAAGGGCCUCGCGCGAUUCACGCAUAAAUCUGGCAGAUAGAGCGUGCGUUAGCUCGCCUCCUCGAGUCAGAGAGGAGAAGCAAAGCCACGUCAGUCGCAAAAUUCUCGAAAAUUCCGGUACACGCCGAGCGAAAAUUCUCUUCUAUUAUUAAUGAUAAUGGAACGUCGAAUUCUUACAUGUUUGAACGAUUCUUCGACUUCGUUGAAUCAUAGGUGACUCGACUCUAGUUUGUACCUGUUCUAGUUUGUGUCCGAUGCGGUAAGUGCCAUUAAUGGCCUAUAUCGAGUGCGCGUGGACGAGAUCGUCGAUAUCGUGAUAGUGUCGCGAGUUUGACGAAAGAAGGUAAAGGUUGCGUUACAAGAAAAUAGCGACGGUGCGGAAGAAAGUGUCGGAAGGAGAAAUUAAUCGACGAGAAUAAACGACGAUCGUGAAAAAGGUCCGUGGACAUAGAGGAAAAGAAGCAAAGUGCACGGACGUUCGAUGAUAUCGUCACUGUGCAUGGUGCACGGAGGGAAACAACCAACGACGAGACACGGGACGUUGUGUUUGGAUACUUGACGCGGUCGCUACUGCGCGUUGUGAAAACAUCGAGGCCAAAGGAGAAAUGGGAAACCACCCGUCCGCCCACCAGCCGCUCGAGAGAGCUACCAGCCAUGCUGGAAAUGGUCUUCGCCUCUCGAAACGCGAGAGGUCACCGGGAAAAAGAAUGGACCGACUUCGACGAAGUUUCCGCGAUAGCUUUCGGCGGCGAAAAGACCCCCACGUGCCGGAAUCGAGUAAACCUCAUCAAUGGCAGGCAGACGAAACGGCUGUCCGUUCAGCUACCUGCGCUUUCCACGUUAAGUACCUGGGAUGUGUGGAGGUGUUCGAGUCAAGGGGUAUGCAAGUAUGCGAGGAAGCUCUAAAAGUACUUAGGAACUCGAGGCGGCGACCGGUACGCGCAGUGCUACACGUAUCAGGGGACGGUUUGCGGGUCGUUGAAGAUGAGACAAAAGGACUGAUCGUCGACCAGACGAUAGAGAAAGUUUCCUUUUGUGCUCCGGAUCGAAAUCACGAGAAGGGAUUCAGCUACAUUUGUAGAGACGGCACGACCAGACGCUGGAUGUGCCACGGGUUUCUGGCGUUGAAAGAGUCGGGAGAGCGUUUGAGUCAUGCAGUGGGUUGCGCUUUUGCCGCGUGCCUGGAAAGAAAGCAACGGAGGGACAAGGAAUGCGGCGUCACGAUGACGUUCGAUUCAAAAACUUCAACCUUCACGAGGAGUGGCAGUUUCAGGCAGCCAUCCCUAACCGAACGAUUGCAGGACUCGCGCGAGCGCGCCGUAGAUGUACCUCCCAUAAAACAAGUCUACAACCCUUUCGCGAUCGAGAGACCGCACGCUACUCCCUCGAUGCUCGAACGACAAGGUUCCUUCCGCGGUUUUACCCAACUGAACCAAGCAUCGCCAUUCAAAAGACAGCUUAGUUUACGGAUCAACGAUCUUCCUAGUAAUCUUGAGCGCACACGUAGCCACAGUCUGGAACCGACGGAUUUGUCACGGAUGCCAUCUGCUAUCUCUCACAUUGUACCUUUGAAGCCACCAGAAUUCGAAGGAUAUGACGAAGUUAGUCCAAUACCUGAAAUAUCGCCUGCGGGCCAGGACAGCGUUUCAGCGAUGUGUCAGCAACUUUCACAAGGGCUUUCGCUUCUCUCGAGCAGCGAUGACUUUGGACCAAUCCCUACGCAGAGCAGUACAAGCACUGUUGCUAAGCAGCUCUUCACUAGCACUACGAUUAAUAAUACUCCAUUAGUGACGAGCAGUAACUCCUUAGACGAAUUAAAACUGCAAAACGGUCUGAGUCUGAACAACAACAACAACAACAACAAUAACGACAAAAACGACGAUCUCAGUAAUCUGAACCAUGUUGGACCCAGCUGGCAGGAAGCUCCAUCGCCUGUUUUGGCUUCGAAUCACAGGCUUACGCCCAUCCUGAAUAAAACCAGUAAUCUCAGUCCUAUCCUUCCAAGAACCAACGCGCCCACACCGAUAAUUAUGAGCACUCCCGCACCCACCACCACCGUUGGUGUCUUUGGAACACCACCCUCGGCCAGUCCAGCUUUUAGUACAGCGUCUACGUCAUCCUUGGGGAACGCGUCCACGCCAGCUGUGAAUAGAUCGCCGAUUCCCGUGACUUCAGUAAUGAUUUCGAAGACAAACUCACCGACCACCAGCGUGGCAUCCGUAUCUCCGGCUUUGUCCGGCAGUAUUAUUAACGAUACUAGCCAGAUUAGCCAAACCUCGGUACCUAAUACUAUCUCCACAUCAGCGGUCCAGCCUGUUUCAACGACAGCCGCGUUGCCAAAACCAGAGCAAUGGUUAGGCAGUAUAACCAGCUCGGUGCCACCCUCAGUGCAAUCUCCUUCUCAAGGACAAACGAGUCCUCGACGAGCGCCACCGCUGCACGCGAGAGCCCUGUCGCUCGGUUCGGCCGCGAUGGGACAGGCCACCAGGUCCGGUCCUUCGGAUCCGUUUGACGCGGAAUGGGCUGAGAUCGCGGCGAGAAACCUGCGACAAUCGAGCACGACGAACCCCUUCAUAAUGCCAAACGCGACUCAAGCGUUCCAGGUGCAAUUGUAGCGCCAGGAGUUCAUCAAUAGCGUGGUCAAGUACUUCCGCUCGAACACAUAGUGACGACUCCACGUCCGUUCGCGCUUCGACCUCUCGCACGACCGGAAGUAUUACACGUGAAACGCGUCAAACGUCGACGAAACCGCGAAGUUUUCUCGAAUGAAGUUUCCGGUCGGGCGACACGGUUCAAGCAUCGUGCGAUGUAACGAGAAACGUUGAGAAAACGAGCAGGAGCGGGGGACGGAGGAUAUACGUAUCGAUCUCGAAGAGAUAUGUUUAGUAGCAAUGACGAUAAACAACAAAUCAGCACAAAACACGUACCCGUAAAAAAAAAAACGAUGUUUUUUAGACAUUAGUAGAUUACGCACACAUAGCCUCGAUAACCUCGAAUUUGGAUACGAGAGAGAAGAGACAGGGAAAGGAGGUAAAUUAACAUUGCGUCUUUUGGGACCACGCGUUCGAUCGCGUUGGUGAAGUGAACGUGGAUUUAUUUAAAUAAGAGAUUCGGGUCGAUCGGUCGACCUGGAUCGCACGAUACUGUUUUUAGAUGUCAUCGCACCUUAUUCGUGAAGGAAGCUAGAUUAUGUCGCUGGUAUCGAUAACUUAAAUGUCUAUCACGAAAGUACUUAAUAAAACGAGGUGUACAAUAAUCUUGAGUAGUUUAGACUGAAUACGGUUACCGUCGUUAUGCAUGAUGAAGCGAAAUUUCCACGCACCCAAGAUUAUGCUGCACCAAUCUGAUGUUUCGUCGAAUAUAACAGUAAAAGAGAAAAAAGAAAAAAACAAAAAAACAUAUAUAACGUAAAAGUUACGAGAAAUAUAACGCGAAAACACGAUGCUAGUAGCUUACAGUUAGUCCGACCGCGGGUCCGCGUGACGAACGUGACUCGACAGAAAAGUUAUUUUUCUUUUCGAACGGUCGAUGGCCGCGAAUGAAAAAUUCUGUCGAACUUACCCAGCUCGAAAUAUCAGGAAUUGACAAGUUUUCUUAAUUACGAGCAAGGAAAAUUUUAGAUAGGAGAAUAAGUAGAGAUAAAGACAGAAAAGAAAUAUAUCGACGUAUACCGCCCCUGGUGAUCGAUUUAGGGUCAGUCAGGAUUUUCAGUAGAUUUCAUUUCUCGAAUAACAUUGAUAGACACGAGCGUGUUACGUAUUUAUUAAUUACUAAGAUGUCGUACUCGAUCUGGCCGGGCUUUGAAUAUUUUUGAAGUCUGUGACGGAUUUGGCCUCGAGACACGAUGAAGCAAGGAAUGAAUUGAUACAUAUAUAUAUAUACAUACAUACAUUGUCUACGUAUUUGGUAAUAAUUUAGUAAUUAAUUGGUAAUGCCAAGGACAAUUUUCGAUUCGCGAUAUGGCGUUGCAGUCAAGUGAAAAUAAAAUUUCUGUACGUGGCCCUACGUAAUUCGAUAACCAGGCGUUGUAAAACGACUGACGCGACUGAGUAGCGAAAUGACGGACUGUGAUAUACACGGAGGUGUGGCCAGUACUUAAAGACGAGAAUGGGGUCGAGCGGCUGUCGUAAAUUUUGCUCGAUGAAUUGCGAAUUUCCCGUCUGGAACGUAAGCAAGCGUUUACGAGCUUGGGUAGUGCAGAGUCUAUCGUUCUCUAGCCGGCAGAAUUAACUAGACGAGUCCUAAACACACGCAUAUACAACUUAGUGUACUUAAGAGAAGAGAUUAGAUGUUAACAAAUUUCUAGAGUCAGUACUUACGUUCCACGCUAUCGUUGUCUAAUAUCGUACGUGCGAGCGGGUCGAAGCAUUCCAAUGAUCGUGUUAAAAUUAAAAGCUUAAUACGGACAAACGUUGCAACAUCGUUAUGAUUUUGCGUAGCUGUGACGCAAGAAAGAAUCGUAAGUUUCACAGGUUUCCAAAAGAAUUCUGAAAAGGAAAUUUAGUCAAUGAUAUUCUAUGAAAUCGCGUACCGUCACUGCUACAGGAUCACGACGACGAUGCAUAAUUUGUCUGCGUAAGGCACUACAGACAUUGUCUGCACACAUGUUCCAAAUAUCUGCGGGUAACUGAAAGUUCUGCCAGACACAAAGUUGCAACAUCUUCCAGCGUGUGGUAUACGAUAACGUAAAAUGUAAAAUGUUUGCAUAGAAUGUCUGCAAGUGACGCCAUUAGAUGACGAUUCACGCGACUAGAACACGAGAGGUGCUUCCGCUUGAAACAAAACGAAAAGAAACCGCACAGAGAAAAAUUAGAGUGACAUAAAAGAACAAGAGCUAAAAUAUUCACGAAAGUCGUUUCACGAGCCAACACGAGAGCAACGAUAUACGGAUAUACGGAGUCGCGUUCUAACGUGAAUUUAUAAUAAGUAUAUGAUACUACGGAUUGUUAUAUAGUUAUGUCGGUUGUUGAACAAUUACGGAGACACGUGAACGCUCUCCACAUCCUAUAUAAAGAUAAACACGGGGUUACUAUCGCGUCUUGAAGCUUGUCUCCAUUUCAGUUUACGUUCCAACUUUUCGUUCCUCCAGGUGUAUUGAUCCACGAUGAUUCAAUCCCUUGCCAUGUGUGCAGUAAGCGCUAUAACUGUGCUCGUUGCUUCUAACAAAGGUUCUAGAAUUCUUUUGACAAAAGCUUAAACAGUAGCGUUUGGAGGGAAGAGAAUGGCAGAUAACGAGAUUCGUAAAAAUACAAAGGAGUUGCAAUUGACAAGGCUUGCUGCUUAUAGAGCGAGAUCCUUUACUCGUGUAAAACAGCGACGAGAGUCGCUACAUCUGACGGCACUUAGUUACUUACUAUUUGAUGGAAAUACGCACGUCGCAAUUCGUUGAACUUAUCCUAAGAACGCUAUAUGCCUGAAUAUCCUGAGAUAUCCUAAAUGCCCGUAUAAGACAAAUAUGACAAAUUGUUCUUGAAAUUUUCCUCGAUCGUAAAGAUCCCAGAGCUAAAACCGUACGUAACACCAUGGCGAGGGAUUUACAUCGAACAGGGGUAAAACGAGGUGGGCCAAUAACUAGAACGAUCUCUCGUGAUUGACGAGAAAGAGGGUACGUGUUCGAUCGUCGUUUCGACGAAUCGUGUGUGUGCAUUGUAUAUAAAUAGUAGUUAUUUAAAAGAGAAGAGAGUGAUAAUAAGAGAAACGGAAAGGACGAGGGAGAGGAAGUAAAAUUGAACAGGCGAAGAGAGAAAAAGGAGAAACUGAGUGAGUGAAAGUAUGUGUGUAAGAAUACGAGAAGAAAAUGUUCACCGAGCCGGCGAUGAUCCUAACGCAAAUAGAAACAACGUUCUUCGUUGCCGAGGUUUCGUUCAGUUAUGAUUGUAAGUUAUCCUUGUAAAUAGUUCGGUAGCGUUUCUCAGCACAAAUCGCGUUGCUUCUACAGUUUAGGAAUACUUUGUAUUUAAUGACGUCAAAAUAUGGUCUGUUCGGAAUGAAUUAUCUGCUAAAAAAUAUUUUUUCUUUUUUUCUUUUUUUUUGCUAAUCACUCAACGUCGUAAUUGACAUUGUUGUCGUUCUAACGCGCGUUCAAUUCCGCCACGAUCUUCGAAUUUAAAGAUUAGCGCCGAUUCAAAUAUAAAAUAAGAACCCAAGUGGACGCAAAGACGUUAGAUUUCGAACUUUAAGUUUCGUCAGUGGCUAAACGGAGCGAUGAGUAUUAUUUUCGUUCGCUCGAGAGAUCAACCGAUUCUGAACAGACUGUACCGCGACACGAUGAAACGGAACACAUCAUCGACGCUCGUCAUAUGGGGAAAAUCCAGCCCGAUAUCCUUCUCGAUCGUUUGACGAGGUCUCAGCUUGAUCUUUCGAGCCACCUUCUGUCCGUCCGGUAAAUCAAAAGCAACAAAAGUAAAAAACGAACGAGUAUCGACACAAAAGAGGAAGACGAAGAAUAGAACAAAAGAAUAUGAAAUAAAAUAAAAACAAGAAAGGAGAGGAACGAUUAUCGAGUUGGCAUAAGCGCGAUCCGAUCGCCAGGUACUUAUCGCGAAACUCGUAUAGAAGACACGCGUGGAAGAGAAAAGGAACUUUGAUCGAUCCAUGUACUUAAAUAUUAUACAAACACAACUUCUUCUUCUUUUGUUUUCAUAUUUCUUUCCAUCAUUUUUCAUUCGGAAAUGAACUUGGUAAACCCUCGUUCGGAUUAGUCGACUUAUCCGAAUCCAAAUAGUUCGACCAAUCCGAACGAAGGCUCGAUCAAUGAACCGAUGUCGAGGACGUCGUGAAUGUUUGUUUCCAUUGACGUAGCUCCGGAUUUUUGAAGUUACUUCGAAGAGAACGAGCUACAGGGAAUCGCGUAUACAAUAUCGAUUCGUUAUAUAAUAUCGUCGCCUUAAGUACUUAUUGUUUUCUCUUCUCCUCUGUUUUUUAUGUUUUAUUUUGCCCUCUAUAUCGACGUACGCUGAUCGUUCGUUCGGAUUUUCGAUCUUUUUUCUUUUUUACUUUGAAGAAAAUAAAAACGAAAUAAAUCAAUUUAUCGUGGAAGGUGGAAAGUAAGGACUAGGACGUCAGGUUCCUGCGUGUCGUACUCUCCGACCGAGACUAGUGAAUUUGUGAUUGGUUAAAUCGUCGAAUGCGAGGGCAGCGAAACACUGGGAUAAGGAAAAAAGAGAUAAAAAAAAAAGGAAAUAAUAUACGAACAGGUGCACUGCGUGCCAAAUUUGAGGAAAGUGGAAUCGCGAUGUCUGUAAAUUCUUUCGACAGGGCAUCGUACACGCUUCCGUGGUUGUGUUGUACAUAGUGUCGCCGAUCGAUUCCUGGAUCAAUGUACGACUGCGUGUAUAUUUCGUGAAAGUAUCCUUGUUCGUUUUACAAUGUAUCUGCCUCUGUAAAGAUAUGAUUUAUUAUAAUAUCUGUUGUGAUUACCAAA